CGGGCGCCGGUCGCGCGGGGUUUUCGAACGCGGCGGUUGCCGCGGAGACGGCGGCCUGUUCUUCCGGCGAGGGAGGCGCUCGAGUGACCCUGUCAGGGCGGCCAGCCGGGGCUCGGCGAGGCGGAGGGGAGGAUGGACGGCGGCGGCGGUGAGUGAGGCCCCGGCCGCGCCCGGUUCCGGGCAUGGAAAGGGCUCCGGGGAGUCAAGGAGGAAAGGCUGAAGGCAAAGUCACUGAACGUUCAUAGUAUUCAAAAUAUACCGGUAUAUAGAUAGGCAGGUAAAGAGAAUAAAAAGCUAUUGAACGCUAAUAGAAUUCAAUAUAGAUAGUUUAAUAUAUAUUAUAAUAUAAUAUUAUAUAUAUAAUAUAUAUAUAAUAUUAAGCAAUAUAGAUAGAUUCAAUGUAGAUAGAUUAAAAAGCUGUUAUACGUUAAUGGAACUAAAACAAUAUGUGUAUUAAAAAGCUACUAAACAUUAAUAGAAUUCAAUAUAUAUACUGUAUAUAAUAGUAAUAGUAAUAAUUUGUUAUUUUUACACCGCCCAUCUUUUUACAACAACAAUUAAUUAAUUAUUCCCUAGCCGCUCUGGGCGGCUUCCAACAAAAGAUUAAAAAUACAUUAAAACAUCAGUCAUUAAGAACUUCCCUGAACAGGGCUGCCUUCAGAUGCCUUCUAAAUGUCAGAUAGUUGUUUAGCUCCUUGACAUCUGGUGGGAGGGCGUUCCACAGGGAGGGCGUCACCAGCAAGAAGGCCCAGAAGGCCCUCAGCCCUGGAACUCAGUGUCUGGGCAGAACGAUGGGGGUGGAGACGCUCCUUCAGGUAUAAAGGUAAAAUCUAUAGAUAGAUUUUUAAAAGCUAUUAAACAUUUAUAGAAUUCAACCUAUAUAUGUAGGGUAGGUAAAUAGACAGAUUAAAAAGCUAUUACAUGUUAAUUUAACUAAAAAAAUAUAUAUGUACAGUGGUGCCUCGCAAGACGAAAAGAAUCCGUUCCGCGAGUCUCUUCGUCUUGCGGGUUUUUUCGUCUUGCGAAGCAAGCCCUUUAGCGGAUUAGCACUACAGUAUUAGCAGCUUAGCGGGCUUAGCGGAUCAGCUGAUAAGCGGCUUAGUGAUCAGCUGUUAAGCGGCUUAAGGAUCAGCUGAUAAGCGGCUUAACGAUCAGCUGAUAAGCGGUUUAGCGGCUUGGGAAAAAGGGGGGGAAAGGGGAAAAAAAACGCAGGAACUCGCAAGACAUUUUCGUCUUGCGAAGCAAGCACAUAGGAAAUUCGUUUUGUGAAGCACCUCCAAAACGGAAAACCCUUUCGUCUAGCGGGUUUUCCGUUUUGCGAGGCAUUUGUCUUGCGGGGCACCACUGUAUCUAUAGAUAGGUAGCUAUAACUUUUAAAAAGUUUAAAAGUCUUACAUCAUGGAUGCCAAUUUUUCUUAAUGGGUAGGGUAUAAAUUAUAAAAUUAUUAUUGUUGAUAAUUUUAUUGUUUUUAUUUCUUUUUGUGCUUUCUUGGUUUGUUUUGCAAUCAAAUGGAGGACAAAUUAAAUAAACAAGCCACACGUGGGUGCGGGGCGCAAGAGGUGUGUCCUCUAGUCACUGAUAUGGCUUAGGAAGACCAGAGAAGAAUCUUUAGAGCCGCCCUGCAUCCGGAUCAGGCCAGCAACGGGUGCUCAGGAGCGUUACUGCCUUGACUGUGGAGGGCAAAGCACAACCUACCUGUGCACCUUGUUUAUAUGAGGCUGAUUUAUCCCACAGAUUGGAGGUGGCAAAUGCUUCUUAAUACCGGUUUCUUGAAGCGACAGGAGGGAAGAAAGGGCUCUUAUGCUGGGAUCCUGUUUGCGGGAUUCCCAUAAUGGGCAUCCGUUUGGCCACCGUAACAACAAGGUGCUGACCUAUAUGGGCCCCAUUUGGCCUGAUCCAGCAGGCUCUAGACAGCAUCUUAAAAAGUAGAGACAUCACCUUGCCAACAAAGGUCCGUAUAGUAAAAGCUAUGGUUUUCCCAGUAGUGAUGUAAGGAAGUGAGAGCUGGACCAUCAAGAAGGCUGAUCGCCGAAGAAUCGAUGCUUUUGAAUUCUGGUGCUGGAGGAGACUCUUGAGAGUCCCAUGGACUGCAAGAAGAUCAAACCUCUCCAUUCUGAAGGAAAUCAGCCCUGAGUGCUCACUGGAAGGACAGAUCCUGAAGAUGAGGCUCCAAUACUUUGGCCACCUCAUGAGAAGAGAAGACUCCCUGGAAAAGACCCUGAUGUUGGGAAAGAUGGAGGGCACAAGGAGAAGGGGACGACAGAGGACGAGAUGGUGGGACAGUGUUCUCGAAGCUACUAAUGUGAGUUUGACCAAACUGCAGGAGGCAGUGGAAGACAGGAGGGCCUGGCGUGCUCUGGUCCAGGGGGUCACGAAGAGUCGGACACGACUAAACGACUCAACAACAACAAAGCAAGCUCUUCUUCCAGUCUUAACUUAAAAUUAGAGAAGUUAAUUCUCACGAGGUGAAUUUAAUGGCAAGUUUUGCAUUUGUCCACUGCACCAAAUAUGCAAAUAUAGUUCGGUUGUUCUCUGCAGUAGAAACAAAUGGAUGCUGCUGCCAUUGACUUGCAUUGUGGUUCUUUGCAGGUAUCUUUUCCCACCUGGAAACGCUGGAAGCUUCUGCCCGCAAGAAACAAAGGGAAAAGAGAGAACAUGAGGAGAAUGUGGACAGAAUGAAAGCAAGGAUCAAGGAACUGAGGCGUCAAAGAGAUUUGCUGAGGGCCAAAUUGGAAGUGUGUCGUUCUCAAGUAGGUGCAAAGUGCACCGUGAACCAUGGUGAAGUUUAAGCCUAUGGCAGCACACGGUUGCAUGCACAAGUGGGGAAAUGUGCAAAAAUUAAAUAUCUUAUGAUCAAGUCAGAACAGUUGCUUAUAUUUAUUUAGCAACUUAACAUUCUUGUCUUAACCCUUAAGGAAAUUGGCUAUGCGUAAGAAAUCUUUCUAGAAAUCCUAGACUGAAGCCUCUGCUGUGGUGGCUUUUUGCAGUUAGAGAUGUCCAGGUUCAUACAUCUUCAACAGCACUUGAACUGGUUUCUGCUUGUAGUUCCUUCAUGCCACCUAAUAACAGCUGAGCUUGUGGUCUUUUGUAGAUUGUUGGGGUCAAAGACAAAACCAAAAGCGGUCCUCUGACUUCUAAGGCUACAGAGAUUCAACAAGUCCUUCUGGAGUGGAAGACUGAGAGCGCCAAGGAGUUACUGCACGUCUUUCGUCUGGCAGGUAAUCUUCUCAGUUGUAUGCUGCUUGGCUAGGUCUUUCCUGGGUGGAGUCUCCCCCAGUUCUCUGUCUUUUUUGCUCUAAUGACUUAAUUCAGCAUUUGGCACCUCUGCUGCAGAACACAGAGGUUGUGGGGUGGUGCAUCUCUUUUGAUCCCCUACUUGUGUCAAUCUUUUUUCUUAGGUUUUUGUCAGGGAACUGCCAUCGGAGCCAGGAGGGCUCCAGAGGGAUUCCAGAGGGCGUCCCGGGAGGGAGAGAAGCAGCACAUCUUCUGGGGAAGGAAAUCAGUGUAGCACCAGUGGAGAAGGGGGGCAGAUGGGGGAAUCGGCGAGGUGGCUCCAUGACUCUUCGCCGGGGACCAGCGGGGAGAGCACGGGUCCUCCGCUGCCCACACCCUCCCUGCGCAGAAGGCUUCCGCGCAGGGAGACUAGGCGGAGACUAGGCGUCAAAGAACUUUUGUGCUGGAAGAAGUUCAAGAAACGCCCACUGACGGAUUCUGUCAGCGAUUGAGACAGCCAUGGGCAAGUGGCUGUCCGGACAGAAAAGGUUCACUCAGGCAACCCAGCCAGGUGGGGUGCCGAUUUACACACGAGCAACCCCUAGAACCAUUACAUUUUUAUUGUAAAUGUAAAAAGUAUACAAAAAGCGUUGAUGAAAUAGGCAUUUAUCACACCAUAAAUAACAAAUAAAGGGGGAGAAGGAAAGCUUUUAGUUCUAAUAAAAAGCAUCUUGCACUCCCUUCAAAUUUUUCAUUAUAGAAAUGACUUGUUUGUCUGUUAGCUUGUUCUCAUACAUUUUAUCUCUCUUGUAUGGCUAUAAUAAAUAAACAUACAUAACAGCAACAUCCCAAAUUCCAAAAACCAUUCGGACACAGGAUAAAUAUGUUUAUUUCUAUAAGUAGUUCUUGACAUUUUACUGUGGUCAGAAUAACAUACAUUUCAAUAAUUCUUCCAAAUAAUUUAAAAGCAUAUUUCUAGGAUCUAUCGGUAUUUCACAAUUUGCUUAAUACCCUUUUUUUUUAUAGCAGCUGUUUGUGUGCUUCAUUCUCCUCUUAGGACUGCUUCUUAUGUAUCCCAAACAUUGGGGGUGAUCCUGAGCACCUGAGGGUGAAAGUUCCUUCUUUCUUUUCCAAUGACAAGGCCUUUGAGUCUAGAAGGCCAAAAAGGGAAGAGAAAGCUUGGGACCAAGCAGAAGCAGACAGUAGCUGGGCACCCUGGAUGUUUCAUGAAACCACGUGCCAGGAUCAAAAAUAAUAAAUUGGCACAAUAUUAGAGGAAGCUGGAAACUGUUCAUCAUCUGAUGCUCCUCCCCACUGUAAAGGAGCAGUCUACUCUUAAUACUCCUGCUUUUGUAAAUCUGAUUUGUCGCAAUACGGAGUAAGGAUGUUUUUCCCUAGGCCUCAGUGGGAAGCUUACCAAGCAAGGAGUCUGUCUGUGCAUCAGCACUGCCUUUGAAGGCACCUACCUGGACUCUUACUACCUGGACCUCCACAUUCACCAGCCAGUCCGGAUCCUGCGCCACUCCGUGCCACCCUUCAUCCCCUUGGAGCACAUCGCUCGCAAGCAUCUGCAGACAGACAUCAAGCGCUUCUUGUCUGUGCUCUCAAACCACCUGAAUGCUUACGCUGGGAGAAAAUUCCAGGCAGAUCAGUUACAGGUAGGAGAGACCCUAUUUGUGCACUCCAGAGUCUAUGUGUGUGAAAUGGGAAGCAAGAUUUUUAUUCUGUCUGUUCACUGUAAUUGAACGAUCGGUCAAAAGGGAGAGCAUUACUGAAGGUCAGGGUGGGUGGAGCUGCUGUCGUCUCAAAACUCUGCUUUGCCCUGAGGCUUCUGGCUGCUUCCACCAUGAGGGGUCAGGUGCCCCUGGCCAGUUGCUGGUACAGUUUGUGUUUCAAACCAUGUAAAUCACGGGGCAACCCACAGGAUUUUAGCACAGUGUGGUGUAAUGGUUAAGAGCGGUAGUCUCGCAAUCUGGUGAACCGGGUUCGCUUCCCCGCUCCUCCACAUGCAGCUGCUGGGUGACCUUGGGCCAGUCACACUUCUCUGAAGUCUCUCAGCCCCACUCACCUCACAGAGUGUUUGUUGUGGGGGAGGAAGGGAAAGGAGAAUGUUAGCCGCUUUGAGACUCCUUCCAGUAGUGAUAAAGCGGGAUAUCAAAUCCAAACUCCUCCUCCUCCACUGCAGAAUUUAGGGGAAGAAUUGUGAUUUCCUUUUUUUUUUUUUUAGAUGAGAAAAUGAAAAAAACCCAGAACACGUUAAAAAUACAAUAACCAAAUUUGAUUAUUUCUGUUUGGCUCUCUGUAAAAACGCUGAGCAAGAUCACACAUGGAUACCAAGUACCUAGAACUUUGCAGAAGCACUGCCUGCUACUUGCUAGUCAGAAAAGGCGUUUCUCCAUUACAUGGAAAGUAAAUGGUCCUUGUGUUUGGUUGACAGGUUCAUAUUUUGCACAAUAAUGACUACGAUUCAUGAUAAAUAAGCAAUCUGUAUAAUAACUGACCUAAAAAUUGCACUUCCGUUUUUUAGAAAACAGAUUUCAGGUCGUGCUACGUUGUCAUGCAUUCAGUUUUAAAAGCAUGUUUACAGACAAGGAUAUGUGUGCUUAGAUGUUGUUUUCAAACUGAUUAUGUUUAACGGACACUUAAUAUAACUGAACUUUUUUAAAAUUCUGUUUUAAAUGGGUAAAUAUUACUGAUUUUGCCUUGGCCCCCUGACCCUCUUCCAUGUGAGCUUUGGUGUGGACAGUGUCUUCAGACCAGGCCGAUGCAGGAGAGGCAAGCCUCUUACCCUGGGCCUCAGAGGUCUAAGCCGGCCAGGGACCCCGCCAAGAGCCAAUUGCUUUUUUGAGCUUCAAACUGUAUUCUAACAAGGCCUCGGGACAAGCUCUGCACCAGCCUGCUUUAGACUCUCUUAAUAUGCGCUGUGCAAGCUGGCCACUGGGUGGCCUCGGAGAAGUAAGCUUUGGCCUGAUCUGCCUCACAGAGCUCUACGCAAUACUUAAUACAACAAUAAUAGAGAUCCUGCUAAGGGCCAUGAUCCUCAAAGUGAUACACUGCUGGCUGCAGGGGGAAGCCUAGGUUCUUCUCUCUGUAGCUUUGUUUUCUCUCAUAAAGGACAUGGGGCAGUAUCCAGCCAACAUGCUCCAUCAUUUCAAGGAUUUCCACUUGCGUAGUGGAACUCCACCCCCUUCCUCCCAUGCCCCCUAAAUUUGUUCUGUGGAUUAUCUCAAGACUCUGCAGCAGAUUUGGGGAGUGUGCAGGGAAUACACAGUGGGUAGGGAGUUGCAUUCUUGCACUGGCAGAAUGAGUUAGUUGAAUACCACCCAUGGGGUUGGAAUCCACCAAAGAGUCACUGAUUCAGCUGCAUUAAUUUGCCUGCAGCCCACAUCUUUUGUUAGUCGCUCUGUGGAUUAUGCUUCACACCCACAGAAAUGGGAGCAAAAGGUUUCCUCUGUGAUUGAAGGCCAGUUGAGUAAAACCAUCCAGUUGGAUCAAGCAAGAUGCAUGCAACAGGGGAGCCUAGCAACACACCGUCCCAACUGAAUGAGUGGCAGCCCAGGAAAAAAAACUGGAUUUUGAGUGUGGGAUUCAGUGCAUCUCCCCCCGGAAGGAGAACAAUUGUCUCCAACACAAGAUUGUUCUGUCCAACACCUCUGGUCAGGAUUAAGCCAGGGAGUGAGAUUGAAACCUCAUUCUCUCUUUACUUUCUCCCCAACCCCCAAACAACAACAACAACCUCCUGGAAUAAGAGCUGUAAUUUGAAUUGCAUUUCCAAAUCCGGAACAAACUUUUCCUGUGAGGCUGGAUAACCUCUGAAUAAGGCAGGCUGGUGCUUUAGAACAAACUUAUCCAUCCACACAUUUGGGAAAGCAGUAUGUGGGUUUUUUACAGUGGUUGACCUCUGACGACAUCCAGGGUGCUGCAUGAAGAGCUGAGCUUUUCCCACAGAUCUUAGUGGUUCUACUGUUGCCUCUCCUUACUUGCAGGAGCGUUUUGCUGCUUUCCUUGAAGGACAUUUGCAGGGGAAUUCCUUAUACAACCUACUUAAAUUUAACUAUGGUGUGGCAGGAGAAGAUCAGACUUUCCCAUUCACAGCAAAACUAACUUACGGAGAUCCUAUGAGUGCCUUCCCAACCGAGGUCACUGUUGCAUGUAAAGGUGAGAGAACUGCAGCUUGGGGUUGAUAAUCUACUAUAUACUUUAGAAGGUUGUUUGUCCGUCUCCCACUGCCUGUCCGUCUGUUCUCUAUGCAUCUGAAAACAGCUUAGAAUACCAUCGCCCAAUUUGGUUCCUGAGAUGUAGGUGCCAGUUUUUGUCUACUUCUGAAUAUCGUCCGACGCUGUAUUGAUUCAAGAUGGCAGACUGAACCAUUCCAAAUGCCACUUAUUUGGGCACCUCUGAAGGUAAUCAUUGCCCAAAUUGGCAUGGUCCCUGAGAUGAAAGAGAGGAUUUUAGUCUACAUUUGGAUAUUGGCAGGCACCAUUUUGAAUCAAGAUGGCGGACUGAACGGUUCAAAAGUGCACACCUCUUAAGAUAUUGUUCAUGCCCCUGCUGGAGGAAUCUUCUUCAGAUUCCAGAGCAAAAGUUACAGAGAAGCAGGCGGUUUCUAUGGAUAAUGAGGCAGAACAGGGAGAUGCAGAUACGAGGGGGUCACGGAAGCCCAACCUCCAACAUAAGGCACAGGGUUCCCCUGCGCAGAAUCAGAAGUGAAGGCUGAGCUUCAAUGCUCACAUGAAGGGUGAGGCAAAGGGACUGCCUACACCUGUACAAAGCUCAUGGAUAUCUUGGUGUAUUAAGCUAGGAUUUGAUUGUGCAAAAAAACACUAAAGAGGUGAAUCUUCAAAUACUACAAACUCCUAAUAGCUUAGCCAGUGGUCAUAGUUAUAGGAUAUGUAGUCUAGCAUCAUCUGAAAGCCCACAGGUUCCUCACCCGUUUUGAGCAGUCCUCUGCAGAACUCACAGAAAUAGUAUAUAGAGUGUGCCUAAAUGGCACGACGCAUUUGCAUGAAUUACGUUUUCUGGGUUUGUGUUUUAGUUGCUUCUAAAGAGUUAUUGCACUCAAGAUAUGUUGCUGUAAGUGUAGAAAACUAGGGCUUUCGAAAUAAACAAUACUACCACCUUGUGAGGUUCCCCUGGCUGUCUUUCCCUAUACCGCCAUUUACUUCAUAAAAUGCAAAAGAUAAACAUUCCCCCCUUUUAUGAGUGUGUGAACAAGCUGUGAGGAUGAGUGGAUGGCCUUUGGUCUCCAGGGAAUAUGCAUGCAACCCAAAAAGGAGAAAGAUAGGCAGUUGCAGAGUGCCUUUUCCUACUAAUGAUGUAACCAAUGAAACCAUCCUUAUAGAGUCCAGAUUAGCUUGUGAAAACGACAUGUGAGAAACUCCUUUUGGGAUAUAUUCUCUCUCCACCAUGUGUAGAUAUUCGGGACAACAACAAAACCAAGUCACUUCCCCAGAGUCUGGAGGAAAUAAGUUUUGUUGGGGAGGGAGACUAGCUGUUUUGUACUGUAAUCCUCUACUCUUCCUCCCACCCGCUUUUUCUUCUUCAACAGAAAAUUCUCCAGCCUCUAUGCUAGACAUGGCGGCAGUUCAUUUGCCCCUGUUCCAAGAGAAAUCUCUUCAUGAAGCUUUUCAUUGCAUCACAACCUCAGAAGAAAAUCAGAGCCCAUCUUCUUUACUGGGUUUGCCUGCCUCUUCCACGGGCGUGACUUCCGAUGACAACACGGCUCUCUGAGAUUGCUGCAAUGUGAAUUACCUAUCAACAAUGGCACUUCAGAGUACUGCAAUCGGUCCUGCACAGAAAACCUCUGUUCCCUGUGUUACUGAAAAGAUGCCUUCUAAGAAGCUGGCUGUUUGGAGUUCUCUGCCAGCCCAGUGGGCAAAGUGUGCACCUCUAAAGUGGUGUGCGUUAUUGAAGCGUGAUGGAAGCAGCUACCGGUGAAAGAUUCUGCUAGAUGCUGCUAAUCCAGUUAUGGGUAUGGCAGUUUUUUCCACUUUUCAACCUUUGUGCUUUCUGUGACAUUGUGGGAGUCAUUUCCAUCCCAUAUUCUUACCGUGAAAGGGGCCAAAGCGGGUUCACGUGGCAGGAUUCACACCGGAAACAGCUCUUUUCUUGUAUUUCCUUUUGAGGCCGGCUAGAGUGUUUCGAUGCUGCAAUUUUUAAUGCAAGGCGCGAGGAAGCUUUUUGGCCACUGACCAUCUCCAAAACAGCUGCCAACCAUGCAAAAGCAGCUGGAACUACGUGGAGAACCUUAAACUGUAAUACUGAGUUUCCUUUUUUAAAAAAUUAAAUGUUUCUACUUUCAUAAUACGUUCAAAAGCAAAUUAAUUGCUCACAUGGACAGUAAUGUGUACUUCACUGGUGAGGAUAUACAAGAAUCUGUAGCAUAUGUGCUUAUUGAUAUCAGUCUUAUAUUGCUCUUCAUAAAAGGCCAAUAGUUAAGCUCUAAUAUUUUGCUGUCUUUUUUUUUCUCCUGUUAAGCAUCCAGUCUCCAUUAGUUUUGCCAUCAGGGAAACCAAGGCUGUUUUGGGCCUGUAACUGAACUCAAAUAAGCAAUUUCAUGCAAUCUCAUCUUGAAGCUGGACAAACAUCACUCACUUGAGCAGCUUCCCUAAGACUGUGUCUCAAUCUUCCCAUUUCUGCAUGCUAGUUGGCUUUUUGUUAUUAUUCUACUCUUAAAGUCGUGUCACAUCCCAGAGUUAACUAGCUUGGUAUUCUGUUUCAUAUACCGGCACUAAUACAUUUGCUAGAAAU